AUGGGUAAAUCUCCUCUUCAUUAUGCAGCAAUUUAUAAUCGAAAAGAAAUUGCCGAACUUCUUAUUUCACAUGGUGCAUAUAUCAAUCAAAAAGAUUAUUUUGGGAGAACCCCUAUUCAUGAUGCAGUAGAUAAAAAUAGUAAAGAAAUGGCCGAAGUUCUUCUUUCACAUGGUGCAAAUAUCAAUGAAAAAGAUAAUCAUGGAGAAACUGCUCUAAAUUUUGCAGCAGAAAAAAUAGCACAGUAA